AUCUCGUCGUCGUCAUCGUCUUCUCUCCGACUUCGACCCAGCUAGGGCCGGCGCACCCUUUUCCCCUCUUCGCCUCCACCGGCGUUGCCUUCUCUGUCGAUCGGUCGCCUGCGCCGCCUUCGCCCGAACACCGCCAGCGGCGGCCCCGUCAUCCCUCGCCUGCACCGGCCUUCGCGUCUGUAGUCUCCCGGGGGUUCUCGAGGUGGGGCGGGCUUCGCCAUGACGUCGGCGAACUCGGAGGAGGUGGACGAUCUGCUCCUGCAGGCCGCCGGCUGGACGGGGAAGAGCCAGCCCCGGCCGAGCAACCAGCGGUGGAACUCCGGGGGGAGCGGCUCCGACGACGACGACGACGACUCGGACGCCGCGCCGACCUACUCGAGGAAGAAGCCGCCGUCGCAGGUGCCGCUCAAGAAGCGGCACCAGCCGGAGAAGGGCGGCCGGAGGGGCGGCGGCGGCGGCGGGUGGCGGGGCGACGAUGACGACGACGACGACGACGGGAGGCGCAGCGGCGGCGAGGACUCUGACAGCGCGCCGUCGGUGGGGAGCGACCUGUACAAGGACGAGGAAGAUAAGGAGCAGCUGGAGAAGAUGUCGGAGCUCGAAAGGGAGCUGAUCCUGGCUGACCGGGGCACCCGCAUCGAUGACUACAAGCUCAAGCAAAUGGCGCGCGCGUCCUCAUCCAAGGCGGCGAAGGCGGGCUCCCGGAAGGACAGCAGCCCGCCCCCGCCGCCCAGCCGGAUGCGUUCGUCGACCCGAGCUGAUAAGUCGGGGUCGGCCACCAAGAGCGCGCUGGAUGAACUGAGGGCCAAGCGGAUGAGGCAGCAGGAUCCAGAGGCGUACCGCAACAGGUUCAAAGACCUGCUCUCAAAGAGCGGCUCACCUACUAAGCGCAGGGCUGCGACCCCCCCAAGUGAUGGGAGCAACGAUGGGGAUACCAGGGGGAGACUGAAUGACCAUGGGAGGAUUGCUGACGAUGGCAGGGAUGAUGAGUUUGAUGAGUCCCCCAGCAGGCUUGACCCGCUCAAGUUUGAUGAUGUGAAGAGUAUUACCCUCAGGAGGUCAAAGCUGGUGAAGUGGUUCAUGGAGCCAUUCUUUGAGGAUCUCAUGUCUGGGUGCUUUGUGCGGCUUGGCAUUGGCAAGACAAAGAGUGGGACCCCGAGAUACAGGCUUUGCAUAGUGAGGAAUGUGGAUGCAAGUGAUCCGGAUCGCAAGUACAAACUGGAAAACUACACGACGUACAAGUAUCUCAAUGUUGUAUGGGAUAGUGAGGCUAAUGCUGCUCGGUGGCAGAUGACUCAGGUAUCAGACUCCCCACCCAAUGAAGAAGAGUUCAAGGAAUGGCUGCAAGAGGCUGAGAAGAAUGGCGUCCGUAUACCGACUCGUCAGGAAGUGCAAGAGAAGAAAGAUGCCAUACAGGAGGCCUACAACUUUGUGUAUUCUGCUAAGACUGUGCAGAAAAUGCUGCAACAGAAAUCAGCUGUGAGGCGUCCUAUCAAUGUUGCUGCUGAGAAGGAUCGGUUGAGGAACGAGUUGGAGAUGGCUCUGAGCCAGAAGAAUGAAGCUGAAGCAGAGAGGAUCCGCGCAAAGCUGAAUAGUCUGCAGAACAUGUCGCAGCCAAUGUCAAAAAAUGAGAAGGCUGCCAGGUUGGAGGCUAUGAACAGGAAGAACCGUGCUGAGAACUUCAAGAACGCUUCAGAACUGAAACCUGUUAAUACAAGUUUGAAAGCUGGAGAGGCUGGUUAUGACCCUUUUUCAAGGAGGUGGACAAGAUCAAGAAACUAUUAUGCAGCGAAGCCAGGAGGAGAUAAUGCUGAAGAAGUGGCCAAUGGGUCUAAUGGCAGUGCAGUGGCUGGCAAUGAAGAUGUGAAGAACAAAGCUCAAACUGGUACAGCAGCCACAGCGGCAGCUCAAGUGGCAGCGGCUGAUGCUGGGAAACUGGUUGAUACCAAUGCACCAGUGGAUCUUGGAACAGAAUCAAAUGCGCUGCACACAUUUGAGCUUCCUAUAUCAUUGUCUGCUCUGCAAGAAUUUGGUGGAGCCAAGGGCCUGUUUGAUGGUUACAUGGCAAGGAAACAGAAGAUAGAAGCUACAAUGGGGUACAAAGUGCCUGACAAUGAUGGAAGGAGGCAUGCUUUAACCCUGAGUGUGAGCGACUACAAAAGGCGACGGGGACUCCUCUGAAGGGGUAUCUGUGCGUCUGCAGGCCGCUCAGCAGAUUCAACAACUAUCUGCCUGGCUUCAGUGCCUCAAAAUUGCUGUGACAAUUGUCCAGAUUACCUGCAUUUUCCCUUGUUUUCUUAGAAGUAAUACAUGGAACAUGCAGUCUAUACAGUUUCUUCAUAAAUACUACCUGCUGUAUGACUGAUUAAGUUGCUGACAUCAUGUUUAUACCUGUGGAUUCUGUUGACAUCUUAUCUUUGUUGUUUGACAAUAUAUGCAAGUUGCAACAGCUUGAUUCCAUGUGGCUUUC